CUCAACAGAGCUCAUCGUGGUUCGGCUCUGAAGGCAUGAUUUCGGCAGUGCCUCACCUCAGUUGCACCAGCAGCAGAAGCGCAUGUUUAUGUGAAUUGAAGACAGAUUUCUUGUGGGUGGAGAAAUCAUUUAGAAUGUGAAGUGCAGAAAAUUGCUGCCUGUUUGAAUCAUUGGUGUAGAAAAGGAUCUGUUUAGUGUGGCAAACAUCUCGAAUAUUUGGUGCCUGUUUGUUGAAUAAUUCCAAUGUGGAGGAUGCAAUACCAGAAGUUCUGGAAUUUUAUCAACACCAAAACCGUGCACAGUUUGACUUGUCCCAUGAAAGGGUUAUAAAUAAGUAUCAUCUAUUUUUACCGCGCUUUUUCUGGCGGUUGUGAAUCAAAUGUGAGAAAAAGUGAAGAUCCUAAAUAUUAUUUACGUUUCCGCACACGAAACAUUUACCAAUCUCUUCAAGACUGAUGAGGUGAAGAGAACAAGCUGUGUAUUUGUGGAAUUGAUGCCAUGUGAUUGACUUGAGACAGUGGGAAGAAUUUUAUCAGACUCGGCGUUUAUUUAAUUGAAUUUUGAUAAGGGAAAAGUGACUUGAGUGAACUUUUGCAAUGGCAUUUGCAGAGUUUCAGUGCUGUAAUGCAGGACACGCAAAAAUCUUCAGCAGCAUCUGGAGACCCUUUCGCAGGCGCCGGAGAUCGCUGGAGUCCCUGCUGCACCGCCACAUGAGUGGCUCGCUAAUCUUAAGCCUAAUUUAUGUUAGCCUAAUAGUUCUCAGUGACUUUGUGAUGAUGGCCAAGUGUGAACAGUGGGGCGAUGAGCCAAGCAAGAGGCUAGUGGACAGUGAAGACGCUGAGACCGCGCGGGAGCCCCUGAGCUCCAGUGAUUUGGAGAGACUGCACCAACUCGUAAAGAUAGGAUUAAACCUCACCCACUUGCCCAAUGUAGCACAGAUUAACAUUAGCCAGAGAGAGUAUGCAGAGAAAUAUCAGCUGUAUUUGGACAGGGUUCAGCAGAGAAAGCGACAAGAGACAAAUCUUGUCCACGAAGAUGACGAAGAACUCAUUUUCAACUCAUUUGCACCCACUUCUCAGCCUGAUUUUCGACGUCGGCGUCCACGAAGUGUGAGCCAUGACUUAGUAUUCGUGCGCUUCCCACUCCCAGAAGCUGAACAGCCUCCGCCAGGAGUCGAGGAAGCCACUCUGAGAUUACUUCUGCAGAAUCGCCACCAUCACAGCAAUGCCAGUCGCGACGAUAGCAUCAGUUUGAAGGUUUACCAACUGAUUGAACCGUAUGGAAGGAUCUUCCUGGACGGCCAGGUAGUGUCACUAGAGCACCUGAGUGGCAGCCGAUGGGUGGAGUUGGACGUGAGUCGCGCCGUGGAGAGCUGGAUGGAGGCAAGACACCAGAAUCUCGGCCUGGAAGUGCAUUGUGACGGUUGCCACCGAAAUGGUCUGCACGUGGUCCACGACGCCUCUCAAUUUGGAGAUAGCGAUGACGACGCCAAUCCUGCACUCAACAUCGUCACACGUGUUGUACAGCGCGAGAAACGCUCCCGGCAGUACAAGCACUACAUUCAGCAUCCCAUCCGCCGGCCACGCCAGACGGACUGCCAGAAGAACAACCAGAAGUGCUGUCGACACCGCAUGGAAGUGGCCUUCAAAGACGUCAAGGGCUAUGAGUUCAUCAUCCAGCCCAAGUCCUUCGAUGCGGGCUUCUGUCGCGGGAAAUGCCCGCCCAAGUACAAUCCGGCACAUCACCAUGCGCUGCUGCAGAGUCUCAUCUGGAAGCAGGACAAAAGCAAGGCGCCACGGCCAUGUUGCGCCCCUCUGAAGCUCGUUGAUCUCGAGGUGCUACACGUGGACGAGCGCGAUCCCACGAAGCUCAAAGUGGCCACCUGGACGGACAUGCGCGUCCUGGAGUGCGCCUGUUCGUGAGCGCUCAUGUGAUCCGUCGCAUUUUGCCGUGUAAAAUGCGCCGCAAUCCGCCAUCCUUCAUGAUUGAGACUCGCAUUGAAUCACACCAUUUUCACCAACUUUUCUUUUUAUAUGCCAAAGACCAAUAAAUGUGA